CGGCUCUGCAGUUGCGCCACGACAAGGCGGAAGCGCCGCGCACUUUAAUAGAACUAGAAGACGACGCGACGGGCGCGCCCCGUUUUUUCUGGCCGGCCGCCCGAGACGGCCCAAAGCUAGGCGAGCCGCCGCCGAUUGGAUUUUCCGCGCGCCUCUCGGGCUGGCCCAAGCGCGCCCCGGGCGCCCGCUUGGCCCUGCGUGCCUGCCCUUGCAUUGGGCCGGGCCCCCCGCCCAAGAAAAACAGGCAGCAAUCGGCGUGGCCCAGGGCGGCCCGCGCGCCUUGUUUGGUUGGCAGUGGUUGUCGGCGCGCCCCCAUAUCGCACCGCGCGGCGCCCGGCGCCCGCCCGCCCGCGCUUCUUGAGCGCGAUUUGCUUUUUCGUGGCCGCUGCCUUGCUUGCCUAAGCGGCAGCCUCGGUGCGACAGCUGUAGCCUUUUUAUUCCCGGGGCGACGCCUUCAUGUAGACUGCAGCCCCGUAGAAGCGCUUGCGCCUACUCCGUGUUAAUUACCGUGCCGCGCGUGCGUUGUUCCAUGCUUUUUUUCAUAACGUCGGGGCGUAGAUAUGCUUUCGCUUUUUUGCCAAGCGUGCUCCAUGGCAUGAGUCAGUAAAGGCCUUUCGCCCCCUCGUCAUUCAACCACAGAUCGACUAAGUUUUCGAUCUCGAAGAGCCAGCACUUCUGCCCCCAACACCCUCUCCGCAACAAGAUGACUUUCACCAAACGUCGUUUCCACCCUCCAGGCUUUAUUGCCUGUAUGGCUCUACUUUUGUUCUUGCUCUCGUCCCCACCACCCCUCGCAGCAGCCGCGAAGAAGAAAUCUUCGAAAAACAAAAAAACCGACAAACCAACUCCCGCGUCCGCCCCACCGGUGGUAAGGAA